AUGCACCAAUACACAAUCGAGGCCAUUAUUGGCCCUAUGAUGGUACUCGGCAUUUUUGGAAACGUAAACGUAAUCGUCGCGGUGGCCAGGAAGAAAGUACUCAGGACAAAAGGAGCAAUGCUGAUAUUUGUACUUGCGAUCUCUCACUUGGUAAUCAACAUUGCAGAGCUCAAAACAUUGAUAUUCCGGUUAAGAUUUCAAUCAUUAAACGGGAGGGAAUGCUUCUUGUACAAUAUACCGUAUUCGCUGGCAAUUAUGUUUCAAUCUUGGUUGUUUCUCUCGAUGGCUCUUGAUCUCUGCUUUUGCAUUAUGAUUCCUAUUAAACAUAUGCUUUGGCCGAAAACCAAGUACAUACUGAUAAUGUGUAUAAUGCCAACAUGCUGCGCCUUGAUUGUGUUCUUUGUUAAUUUCAUAUUCGUUACGGAAGAGGAUGCACCAUAUUGUGCUUACAUGUUAACUAUGGAUGACGGUGUAUUUGAAAUUAUUUCCACGUCUGUUGUUGCCUGCAAUAUUCUAACUCUUCUCAUCACAAUUGUUUCAGUUUUCGUGGCAAUUAGAAAAUCCCAAGAUAUGCGGAACCACCGCCAUUCUUCUGUCACCAGACGGAACAGCACCGUUGAAGAACGUAGAAAAGUGUUUCGCUCAACGUUCUACAUGAUGUCAAUCUACAUAUUUUGUUGGAUGACGUCAUCGAUAUGCUUUCGUGUUCUUUUUUACAUGUUUGAAAACGAAACAAACAUUGUUCCAUACAUGCCAUAUUUGGCAAUAAUCACAAUGCCAAACUUUUGUCAAGCAUACUUUGUCACCUAUUUCCGAUCUCCGAGAUUUCGAAAAGCAUAUCGUGAGCAUUUUCAUUGGCUCACUUUCGGAUGCAUGUAUCCAGAUGUAUUUGAUGGACCAGAACUGCGGGGUGGAGAAUCUGGAAGUAAACAGGAUAGUGCUACAAAUCAACAAGUUAGGGCUGAUUCAGACAAGAAGCAAAAAAAAGGAUCAUCAAAGAAGACAGUACGGAUUUAUGAAGGAGAAGUUAUUUGAGAAAUUUGUUUUUCUGCAUUAUCUUCUAACUUAUUUUUUAAAAAUAUAUUUCCAACAACCAUUUUCUGAAAUUUUCUCAUCAUUUGGGUAUUUACGCGCACUUAAAAAAGAGUAAUUACAAUGUUUAAUAUAUCAAUACAUCUCAUUUUCUGAUCUCUUUGUAAAUUUAAAUUCCCAAUUUAAAAUAAAAAUUCUAGAUUUAAA